ACACGUCUGACCUCCACAUGGCUUCAACCAGAGACCGGAUUCUGGGAGAGGACUCCUGAGAUCUGACUCACACAAAGACGCUUCAGCAGAAAUAAAAUAAAAACACAGGAAACAUGAGAACAAACUGAAACAAACCGACCCUGACCCUGACCCUGACCCCUGACCCUGACCCUGACCUGACCUGACCCUGACCCUGACCUGAGGACAGGUGUGGACCCUCGUACCUGUCCAGGUGUCGGGAUGCAGCUGAACCGACCUCGCAGCGCCCUGUUUGGUUUCAGCCUUCCUCCUCCUCCUCCUCCUCUUCCUCCGUCUUUCUCCAGUCAGUUCAGCACCAUGAGAUUCUCCUACCACCUCACCAGCAGCAGCUCCACCCACAGGACAGGUCCCUCCUCCUCCUCCAGUCCCAGCUUGCUGACUAAGAGUCUUUCUCUGGAGCCUUCCUGUUCCCCAUGUGGCCACGGGACCCUUGACCCUGACGCCCCCCUCGAGGGACCCAGUACCUCCUCAUCAGGCCCCGCCUCCUUGGAGGGAGGGGCGGAGCCAGCAGAUGGGUUGGUGCUGGUAAAUGACACAGGGCCGCCUGAGCUUCCAGCUACGACAGUAACACCGCCCAGAAAGAGCAGGCCGCCACUCCCGGGGCCCAAACCUCAGGUGCCCCCAAAGCCCCCCCACCUCCAGCAGCAGGCCGGCGUGUCAAAGCCACGCCCCCGAGCUCCUGACAAGCCCCUCCCGCCUAUGCCGCCCUGCAGGCCCCUCCCAGCCGACCCUCGGGGGGGGCGGACUCCACCCAUCCGAGCUGACGGCUCCGCCUCCCCGACAUGUGUCCUGUCACUCAUAGAGAAGUUUGAACGGGAGCAGAUCAUCGUGGUCCCUGACAUCACUGGGGGGGCUCUAUGUCCCCGCCCCCCUGACCCCCUCCCCUCCUCCAGGCCUUCAUCACCACCACCACCACCAUCAUCAUCACCACCACCACCGGCCCCUCCCCCUGCACCUCCUGCUCUGGCGCCUCCUGAUGACAUCACUGUGGAGGCUGAGGCUGACGACUACGAUGACGACGACGAUGAUGAUGAUGAUGAAGAGCUGGCGGCGGCGUGUCGGGGCGACGCCCAUCAGAAGCGUCUGUCGAUGGAGUCGGGCUACGACGCCGUUGUCGUGGAGACAAGGGAGCAACAGCGACCGGAUUCUCCGCCUCCACCGCUGCUGCUCGACCAAUCAGAGCUGCCCUCUGAGUGUCUGUCCCUCCCCUCCUCGCAGACGGACGGGAAACUGGCCAAUCGGGACAGCGGCAUCGACAGCAUCAGCUCCCCCUCCCACAGCGAGGAGCUCUGCUUCGCCGGCGUGGACGACGGGGGCGUGGCCUAUCCCUGCAGCCCCGCCCUCCUGCCCCGCCUCUAUGCUGGGGAGGGAGGCGAGGCGGAGGAGGCGGAGGGGAGGGGGGCGGUGAGGAGGAGGAGGGAGUUCUCCGAGGAGGGAGAUAGUGACCUGGAGGAGGAGGAGGAGGAGGAGGAGGAAGAGGCGGAGCUAACUCUGGUGCUGCCCCCCCCCAGGACGGACAGACAGGACUCAGCCGAGAUGUCUGUCCAACAGAGGGCCUUCAACAUAGCCAAUGAGCUGCUUCACACAGAGAUCUCCUACGUCUCUAAGCUCCACCUCCUGGACCAGGUUUUCUGUGCCCGUCUCCUGGAGGAGGCGCGGUCCCGCUCCUCUUUCCCCUGUGACGUGGUCCAUGGGAUCUUCUCCAACAUCUGCUCCAUCUACUGCUUCCACCAACAGUUCCUGCUGCCGGCUCUGCAGAAACGCAUGGAGGAGUGGGAGUCUAACCCUCGGGUCGGGGACAUCCUCCAGAAGCUCGCUCCCUUCCUGAAGAUGUACGGGGAAUAUGUGAAGAACUUUGACCGAGCCAUGGAGCUGCUGAACAUCUGGACCCAGCGCUCGGUCCCCUUCAAGACCAUCGUCCAGGACAUCCAGAGGGAGGAGCGCUGUGGGAACCUGACCCUGCAGCACCACAUGUUGGAGCCGGUCCAGAGGAUUCCUCGCUACGAGCUCCUGCUCAAAGAUUAUCUGCACCGUCUGACGGAGGACGCGCCGGACUUCAGGGACGCACAGAGUAGGAAAACAAACGCACCCAGAGUCCCUCAGGAGCGUAUGAGGAAGCUGCUGAAGGUGUACGAGCUCCUGGGAGGAGAGGAGGACAUCGUGAACCCGACCAACGAGCUCAUCAAGGAGGGACACAUCCUGAAGCUGUCCAACAAGAACGGGACGACGCAGGACAGAUACCUCAUCCUGUUCAAUGACAGGCUGCUGUACUGCGUCCCAAAGCUGCGUCUGAUUGGUCAGAAGUACGGCGUGCGCGCUCGCAUCGACGUGGACGGAAUGGAGCUGAAGGAGACGAGUAGCGCCGCCGUCCCCCGGACCUUCCUGGUCUCUGGGAAGCAGAGGUCCCUGGAGCUGCAGGCCAGGACGGAGGAGGAGAAGAAGGACUGGAUCCAGGCCAUCCAGGCCACCAUCCAGAGACAUGAGCAGACCGUGGAGAGCUUCCGUCACCUGACCUGUUCCCUCAGAGACGAUGAGUCCACGCCCCCGCACUCCCCGAGCUGCGUGGAGCUGGGGAAACGAGCUCCGACCCCCAUCAGAGAGAAGGAGGUGACUCUGUGCAUGAAGUGUCAGGAGCCGUUCAACUCCAUCACCAAGAGACGCCACCACUGCAAGGCCUGUGGACACGUGGUUUGUGGGAAAUGCUCCGAGUUUCGAGCUCGUCUGUCGUACGACAACAACCGGACGAACCGCGUGUGCGUGGACUGCUACGUGGCGCUGGUGGGGGCGUGUCCGCCGGCCGGGGGCGUGAGCGCCAGCAGCCAGAGGAGGCGCUCUAUCCUGGAGAAACAAGCCUCGCUGGCCGCUGAGAACAGUGUGAUUUGUAGUUUUCUCCACCACGUGGAGAAGGGAGGGGGGCGGGGCUGGCAGAAGGCCUGGUUCGUCAUCCCGGAGAACGAGCCCCUGGUCCUCUACGUCUACGGAGCUCCUCAGGACGUGAAGGCGCAGCGCAGCGUCCCUCUGAUUGGCUUCGAGGUGUCUCUGCCGGAGUCAUGUGACCGGCUGGAGCGACGCCACGCCUUCAAGAUCUCCCAGAGUCACCUGACCCUGUACUUCAGCGCCGAGGGGGAGGAGCUACAGCGCAGGUGGAUGGACGUGUUGUCCAGGGCCGGGAGGGGGGAGGAGCCUCACGUGCACCAGCCAAUCGUGGAGAGCGUGGAGGAGGAGGGGGAGGAGCUCGGUGCCGAGGGAGAGAACACGUGAUUCUAUUGGACGGUGACACUGGAGAAGGCGGAGUCUUUUAUCAAACUUGAAUGGAAACCAGAACGAGACGAGAAGACGUUGCCGUAGCUACAGUAGAUGUUAAACUCAGUAUUUAAAGUUGUCUGCAUGAUUCCUCUCCUCUGUGCUGUAACACGCCAACGUGGGCGGAGCCACUUCACCCUCCUCCCCGCCCCCAUCCUCAGCUUGAACCCCACCCACUUCCAAACGGCUGCAGUUGCUAUGGCGACGCCUCCAUCCAGAGCAAACUAUUGGACCUUGUUGUUUCCACAUCACGUUCCGCUCUUCGACAUUCACUCAUCCAUCAGCUGAGUCUGGAUCAGCUGAGUCCGGAUCAACUGAGUCUGGAUCAGCUGAGUCCGGAUCAGCUGAGUCCAGAUCAGCUGAGUCUGGAUUAGAUGAGUCUGGAUCAGAUGAGUCUGGAUCAGCCGAGUCCAGAUCAGAUGAGUCUGGAUCAGCUGAGUCCAGAUCAGAUGAGUCUGGAUCAGCUGAGUCUGGAUCAGCUGAAGUCUGUAAAUUCGACACUGUUGUCCCUGUCCACUCCUCCCACCCCACCAGAUCCAAGAUUCCUGGCGCCUGAGGAAAGUUCCAUCGGUGGGAAUAUUAAAUAUUUUCCUGACUGAGUCCCGGACCUGAAGCCCCCCAAGCACAAACACAGAGACGCCUUCAGGUUAAAGGCUGAACGCACUUAGAGAUGUUUUUUUAUUUUAAAGCCAAAUUUCCCCCAAAGAAAAAAAGGAAUUCUUCCAGUGGAGCUACACUACAUUUCCCAGCAGCCUCUGCUCUGUGGACUCUUCUUCCUGGUGUCUCCAGGUUCUGCAGACCCCUCCCUCCUCGUUUUAAAGCUCCCACCAUCAGUUUAUUUAUUUUCCUUCACGUCCACGUUUGAUUCUCAGAGUCCAAACUUCAGUCGCUCGCAAACUAAAGUUAGAAAACAAGAAAUGAAGUUAGAGAUGGACGUCACGUCGUAGUUCAGAGUUAGUUCCUGAUUCUCUCUCGGAUGUUUCGGGAGCAAACCUUUGGAAGCUGAAGAUAAUCAGUCAAUUCAAGCCUGAACUUCCAGAUUUGAGUGUUUUGGGUUCAUAAAGACGUUUGCAGAUUUGGACUCUGAGAAGCCGACGCGCUUUAUUAAUCAAUGAAAGAAAAGAGUAAAUAAAUAAAAAACAAUGGAGAUGCUGGUGCGUUGCCACGGCGAGGACAUUGAAGAUGUUUUUUGGAUGUAAAAAGUUUCUAAAGAGUCACGAAGAGUCUCAGAGAGGAACCAGAACACAGAACUGUGUGUUGACGGAGCCUGUUUCCUGGUUCCUGGUUCCUGGUUGAUGGAAAAGAAUCCGGACUGUGUCGUUUCUUCUCAUCUUGCCGUGUUCAGUAUUUCUCUGAGUCUCUAAACACCUUUUGGACAAAGUGUUUUUUAGUGAAACUAUGAAUCUUCUUCUUCUUCUCGAGCUGAACAGACGUGUUGUUGGAUAUUUCUGUGUUUCUGAGUCCGGUUGUGUUGGUGUUUGCUUGAUGCAAGUUGAUGCAAGAAGAAAACAAAGUAAAUGUUUUUUUGUAAAUAUAAUUUAUUCUCCCGUCACCCGACGGUCACGUGACUGAGUAAAGGUCAAAGGUCUCCACGCCGGCCGGGGCCACACAGAGCGCUCUGUCCAGCGGCGGCCAUCUUGGUUUCACAGGUUAAAGAACAGCCACUUAGCCUAGCUUAGCACAAAGACUGGAAGUAGAGGGGAACUGUUAGCAUAGCUACAUCUAAAGAAAAGUAAAUUAGAAGGUUUUUUCUUUGAACUUCACAGGAACCUUUAAAAACAGCCUGAUUCCAUCUUUAGUGACACAGAAACAUUCAUUCAUUUAAGCCGGUGAUAAUUAUGUUUGUUAGCACCAAUGCUAGGAUCUAUGAUAUGUUCUACAAGAAGAACCAGAAAGACUUUUUAUUGGAAGGUGAAUAAUUUUGGGGAAGCUAACUGCCAGCUAAAGCUAAAGCUAGCCGGAUUCUAGACUCAAUAACCAACAACCGCUGAGUCAUUAUUGAAAAGUGAAUGUGUUAGCAGAUAGCGUUUAGGCUAAGCUAGGCUAGGCUAGGCUGAACAUGGGUAACAAAUGUUUGGAAAACUGGAUUUUUCAAAAUGUGGAAGUCUUUCUGGAGCUUCUACCUCACUCAGUCCCCGGUGCUCCGUCUGUGUGGCUCUGGUGGCCACGGCGUGUUCUUAGCGUGUUCUUAGCAUGUGAAGGAAGAACAUGGCCAGUAACAGCCUUAUCAUCGGUUUUUUGAUGUGGUGAAAUUGUGCUGAGCUUUCAACGCUAAAAUUGCUUCUUUUGUUUGAGUUGUGCGGAUUCUCUUUUGUGUUGCUACGAGGCUCCUUCAGUCCCGGCUGCACUUUUCUUUGCGUGCCAAAGCACAUAUUUAAAAGUAUUCAGUAUUCACAGCUCGUGACGUCGUUGGCUAAUAUAACAGAUCUGCAUUAUGUAUAUUUAAGUACCUCCUGUUGUCUUUGGGCUGGACACCACAUGUCAGUUCACAACCAGUCUGAUCUGAAAAAAGACCAAAUUAAUAUGAUGUUGUUUUUUUUAUUACUGCUUAUGAUAAAACCUAAAGCAGGGGUGUCAAACACACACUGUUCAUUAAAACCUUUCAUAAUGUUCUUCUCCAAACUGAAACAGAGGGAAAUGUCUGGAGUCGUCAGUAUCUACAGGUUGUUCCUGGUCGUGGCCCCUGAACUAAGAUGAGCUUGACACCCCUGUUUGAAAGUGUUGUUUCUUUUCAGAGUUAAUGCUAAUGCUAGCACAAGCUAGCAUUAGCCACAUUAUAAUACGGUGAAUCUGAAGCAGUGAGUAUGUGGCGACUUUCUAAAUGUUCAUAUUUCUCUUUAUCUUUGUCGUUUUGAUGUCGAUGGUUUAAAACUCAUCUCCAGUAAAAAACACUUACAGCCGGCUGUGGACUGUUAAUGGACGCCGUCGCCAUGGAGAUGACACCAUUUCUGUGACCAGAGUUGGUCUCAAGCUCGUUGCCGUGGUAACGUGCUGAGUUUUCAGGAGACAGCUGCAUUGCUAUGGUAACAAUCAGACCCCCCCAUGGUAACGCAGCGGUUUCCAGAGCUGCUGCGGUCAGUGUUACUAUGGCAACCUCAGACACAGGGUCCAUACCUGCAUGUUACCGUAGCAACCGCUGGACUGGACUCUAUACACCAUGACAACAGCAGCAUCCUCCUCUAUCUCCGUCUCCAUAGUAACAGCAGCACAGUCGAGUUUUCUCCUCCAUGUUGUACUUCUGCUGUCCUGUUACUGUUAUUAUUGAAUAUUGAUCAACUGAUUGGUUGAUUGAUUGAUUGGUUGAUUGAUUGACAGGUUGUUGGUUAGUGGCCGGCCACUGCCUCCCAUGCCGUCGAUGUCCGUCUCCCACCAUGCCCCUCUGUAAGACAAUAAAAAGACAAAUGUUCUAGAAGAAGCUAUAAUGAAAUAAAAAGGAUCGAAUGAAGUGUC